UCUUUCACGUGAUCUCAAGUUCAUGUGACCAAAGAGCACACCUCCCCGAGUUCGUCUUGUGACGCUUUCAUUUCAAUCCACGAGGUGUAAAAUGUUUUGUAAAAUCAUAGCCAAUGCGUUCGUUUUAUUUUUUACUUUUGAAUGCUGCUGUCUUGCAGAGACCAGACAGAAUGGCUCCAAUCCAAAUAUUAUCAUCAUGCUCAUGGAUGAUAUGGGGUGGGGAGAUCUGGGAGUGUUCGGGCAGCCCUCGAAGGAGACCCCAAAUCUCGACCGAAUGGCCAGCGAAGGAAUGUUGUUCCCCAAUUUCUACACUGCCAAUCCCCUGUGCUCCCCUUCCAGAGCUGCGCUGCUGACAGGCCGGCUGCCCGUCAGGAACGGAUUCUACACUACCAAUGCACACGCCAGGAAUGCAUACACUCCCCAGGAGAUAGUGGGUGGGAUCAGCAAGGAUGAGAUCCUUAUUCCAGAGAUGCUGAGGAAGGCAGGCUAUGUCAGUAAGAUCGUCGGAAAGUGGCAUCUAGGCCACAGGCCACAAUACCUCCCCCUGGAGCAUGGUUUUGAUGAGUUUUUUGGGGCUCCAAACUGUCAUGUUGGACCAUACAACAAAACUUUCAGGCCCAAUAUCCCCGUGUACAACAACUCCCAGAUGGUGGGGAGGUAUUACGAGGACUUCAGGAUAAAUCGUGCGAGUGGAGAAUCCAAUCUUACACAACUCUAUCUGGAGGAGACUGUGAAGUUCCUUCGUCGACAGGCUGCCUCUGGUGAGCGGUUCUUCUUGUAUUGGGCUGUGGAUGCCACUCAUACUCCAGUGUAUGCCUCAAAACGUUUCCAGGGAAAAAGCCAGAGGGGUCUGUACGGAGAUGCAGUGAUGGAGCUGGAUGACAGCGUGGGCGUCAUCCUGAAGGAGCUCAAGACGCUGGGAAUCGCCGAGAACACCUUUGUGUUCUUCACCUCGGAUAACGGAGCCGCUCUGACCUCUGGCAUCCAAGCUGGCAGCAAUGGCCCUUUUCUCUGUGGCAAAGAGACAACAUUUGAAGGGGGAAUGAGAGAACCAGGGAUUGCGUGGUGGCCAGGACACAUAAAAGCUGGACAGGUGAGCUACCAGCUGGCGAAUGUGAUGGAUCUCUUCACCACCAGCCUGUCACUGGCAGGACUCCCUGUCCCCAAUGACAGGGCUAUCGAUGGCCUGGACCUGACCCCUGUCCUCCUGAACAACACUAUCAUUGACAGGCCAAUCUUCUUCUACCGUGGCAAUGAGAUGAUGGCAGUGAGGGUGGGGCUGUACAAGGCACACUACUGGACGUGGACCAACUCCUGGGAGGAGUUUAAACAGGGUGUUAACUUCUGUCCCGGGGAGGAUGUGGCUGGAGUGACCACUCACACCCAAGAAGAACACACCAUGCAGCCACUGAUCUUCCACCUGGGGCGGGAUCCUGGAGAGAAAUACCCCAUCAGUGUCCAAAGCUUGGAGUACCAGAGGGUUUUAAAGCAGAUCACUCCUCUGGUGGAGCAGCACAAAAACAGCCUGGUUCCCGGAGAGCCACAGCUCAACAUGUGUGACCUGGCUGUCAUGAACUGGGCUCCCCCGGGCUGUGAGAAGCUGGGCAGGUGCCUCACGCCCCCAGAGUCUGCCCCCUGGAAGUGUGAAUGGCCACACUGACCCGCUCGUCCGGACCUCCGUGUCAUGAACAGAUGAAGACCAUGUUCAUGACCUCCUGAGCAAUUGAAACUUCUGUACUGCUGUCAUCAUGGGCCCUUAGUACUGACGUUUCCUUCCGGCAGAUUUUAAGGGAGAAUGUCUGUUCUUAGGUGCCAUGUAGUAACUUAAACUGUGAGUUUUCUCUCUCAAAUGAUUCCCCCAUGAGCGUUGUUACUUUGUUAACUUGAAUGCAGACAUACUGUGUACGUCUAACAGCAUCUUAAAAUUUGUACUUAAAAGCAGUGGAGUGUGAUGUACUCCCUCACACUGUGUGUCUGCCCAGAGAGUGGGUAAGAAGAGAAGUCCUACUGUUGGGGGUUCUUUUGGUUUGUUGUCUGUGUAUCAGCUGUAAUGUGGGGGGAAAAAAGGGAUAAAUUAUCAUUACUUCCCCAUUUCACGUGAAGCAUAUUGAUAGCACAAAUAUGGAGGCUGAGAGAAGUGAAAGAUAUGAAAGUUUUUAAACCAAACAAAUAUCUUGUUUGCUGAACUUGGUUUGGGAAAAUGUUUACAAAUUUACAAAUCACAUUCCUUUUAAGAUGGUAUCAUAUUGUGGGGUUUUAUGGGCUGUUUUUGCUUGUGAUGUUUUAAAAAGUUACAGUCAUGUACAAAGAGUAAAGGACUGUAUAAAUGAAAGGAGGACAGACGUGCAGUUUUGAGCCGAAAUUUGAAGUUAAUGUGAAUGAAGCGUCUCUUUGAGGAGUGGGACUGUUGUCUUAGAUCACUACCGGAGUUCAAAGGGCUUAUAACCCGUUCUUUGAAAAAAGCUAGUGGAGACAAACUUUCCACUUAUUGAAUCUAGAUUCUUGGUGCGAGUAAUAAAUUCCCAGUACUUGAUGGUGAUUCGUUUUUUCCGACUUGUUCUUAAUAACGUUUUUUGAAUGUUGAAUGUAUUAUUGAAUACCAAACAGCAUAUUGUCGGUCCUGCCAAUUUACUGUAUUAAUGAUCGAGCUUUGAUGUGCUUGGCUGUUUUGUUAAUGUUUUAUUUCCUGUGUUCUCUAUAAUGUCUCUUUGUUGGUAUGUCUGCCCUUUGCAAAUUCGAAAACCCAACAAGAACCGACAACUGCAGAUGGACGGUAGCAAAAUUUUAAAAAUCUAUUUUCUGCAUGUUCGCAAGAGAAGCCGAGUUAAGUUGGGUGCACAGGACGGCAGCUGGUGUUUCGCUGCUAAACGGACAUCCUGUUAAUGGGCCAACCAUUGUCAUUUUCCCGGCAGUCCACAGCAAAAUGUGGUAGAUAUACGUGGCAGGGAAACAACAUAGGAUUUAUUUAGGAUAGUAGUUAGAAAUUAGCAAACGAUUGCAUGCGUGUAGUAUGCCUUUUUCUUUGCCAUUAACUAGGCCUGUUUUAACACAGUCACGGCAUAGUUUAAGAUGUGGAGAAAGGGCGUUUGGAAACCACUUUAACAACCGUAUCUGUAAUUUCAGCUUAAAUUGUCCGAUCAUUGUCCGCUUAUUACGCCAUAGUUCCAAAUUUGGCGCACAGGUGCGGUAUUGCUGCAAAAUGUUUUUUCCCCCAAAGCAUUUUCCAAAACCGUGCAUAUUCAUGCACGUAGCAGUACUUUUUCUGCUGAGAAGUUUCUAUACGUAAGUUCAUAACAUUGUUAGAACUCACAGAAUCUGCAUUACGUUUGUCACACCGCCGCCCGGUAAAUUACCGGAUCUGCAUUUUCUUUCAAAUAAACGUGAACCAACUUUAAAAUCA